AUGGAUGUGGAUGCGAAUGCCGGUAACAAUCAUCAAAAAUUGCGAGCGGGAUUAUCAAUUAAUUGCCCAUCCAAGGAAGUAGCAAAGAAAACGAACUUUGGUAAAUCGGUUUCAGUGGAUCUUGGUGCCAUAUUUCCACUAAAUAAUCGAAGGACGUCAAUCCUCGACUCAGUGCUGCGUUCACAGCGUUUUUCGGUGAAGGAGCGACUAAAACGGUAA